GAGCUGGAGAGGUGAGAGGAUCCAGCAAACGGACGUGGAGCGGCGAGUCCCGAACCGCAGGCGGAGGGGAGGCGCAGACAGACCGACUCUCCCCUGCUCUCCGCCCCCGCCUCCCCCUGUGGCCGGUCGGACCUGCACCCCGCGCUUGCCCCCGCUCGUCCUCCCCCCGCCCGGCCCGGCGCGCUCCUCCCCGGCCGGCCCCACGGCGCGCGGCGCGCUGGAGGCGAACGCAGGCUGAGCCGAGCGCAGUGGCCGCCGACCACCGAGUGCCCCGCGCCGCUCCCUGCAUGUGCGGCCCGCGGCGGCUCGCAGUCCCCGGCAGCAGCCUCGGCAGCUUCGGCCGCUCCUCGAGAGGCGGCUGCAGCGGCUCUAGCAGCGGCCGAGCGGUCGAGCCCGGGCUGGGAGACACGAUGCGCCGAGUCCUCCGGCUGCUCCUCGGCUGCUUCCUCACCGAGCUGUGCGCCCGCGUGUGCCGGGCGCAGGAGCGAGCCGGGCACGGGCAGCUGGCGCAACUGGGAGGCAUGCUGGUGCUCACGGGGGGCAACCGCUCCGGAGCUGCCUCCGGAGAGGUCGGCGAGGGCGCCGGGGUCUCGGACGCGCCCCCGACUCGGGCGCCCACGCCGGACUUCUGUCGGGGUUACUUCGAUGUCAUGGGCCAGUGGGACCCGCCGUUCAACUGCAGCUCCGGCGACUUCAUCUUCUGCUGCGGGACUUGUGGCUUCCGGUUCUGCUGCACGUUUAAGAAGCGGCGACUGAACCAAAGCACCUGCACCAACUACGACACGCCGCUGUGGCUCAACACUGGCAAGCCCCCGGCGCGAAAGGACGACCCCCUGCACGACCCCACCAAGGACAAGACCAACCUGAUCGUCUACAUCAUCUGCGGGGUGGUGGCUGUCAUGGUGCUCGUGGGCAUCUUCACCAAGCUGGGGCUGGAGAAAGCGCACCGGCCCCAAAGGGAGCACAUGUCCAGGGCCCUUGCGGAUGUCAUGAGGCCACAGGGCCACUGCAACCCUGACCACAUGGAGAGAGACCUUAACAUUGUGGUCCACGUCCAGCACUAUGAGAACACGGACACCAGAGCCCCCAUAAAUAAUCUCCACGCCACCCAGAUGAACAACGCAGUGCCCACCUCUCCUCUGCUCCAGCAGAUGGGCCAUCCACACUCCUACCCCAACCUGGGCCAGAUCUCCAACCCCUACGAACAGCAGCCGCCGGGCAAAGAGCUCAACAAGUACGCCUCCUUAAAGGCAGUCGCCGACAAGGUCAACGACGACUUCUACUCCAAGCGACGGCACCUGGCCGAGCUGGCCGCCAAGGGGAACCUACCUCUGCACCCCGUCCGAGUGGAGGAUGAGCCCCGGGCCUUCAGCCCCGAGCACGGUGCUGCCAAGCAGAACGGACAGAAGUCCCGAACCAACAAGAUGCCCCCGCACCCGCUGGCCUACAACUCCACCACCAACUUUAAGGGCUGGGACCCCAACGAGCAGUCUCUCCGGCGGCAGGCGUACGGCAACAAGGGCAAGCUUGGCACGGCCGAGACGGGCUCCAGCGACCCCCUGGGAACUCGCACCCAGCACUACCCACCCACACAGCCAUACUUCAUCACCAACAGCAAAACGGAAGUGACUGUCUGAGCUUUCGCUGCAGGGAGCACCCUGACGACCACACUCAACUGAGAGAGGCAAAAACCACCCUGGCCCACGCCCUCCCCCUCCUCCCCACACGCACCCACACACUGACCUUCCCCGGGAACCAGGGACGGACCUCCUGGUGACAGAAUCACACUUUUCCUGGGUCAUGCCUAAGCGCACGUCGGCAGGCAGCUGAGGAGGACGGAAGCAUGGACAUCCGGCAGUACAGCAAGGAGAAACCGAGGCGCACUCCCUCGGCUUCACGCGGAGGUGGCCAACCCUCAUGCCCCAACCGAGGGGCUGAUUUUUCUUUUCUUCCUAACUUGAAACUGAAAUCCAUGAUGAAAAAAAUCAUAUAAGUAGCACAAUUUAGAGAAAUUGUCCAUUUGAGCACAUAUACCAUUAGCCACCUGCCGUCUGGUUCCAGGUAAAGGGGGUGGGCAGACAAAAAAAAUUGAGGCUGGAUAUCCGAAAAGAGCGCACUUCAGAAGAGGAGUUAUUCCGGGAGGAACUUGCCCAGGCUAUGAGCAUUUUCUAAUCCCAAGAAGUGAGGCGUCACCAAAUGGUGAUGGACGUGAGACCCUAUCUGGACCCCCAUCCUUAUGUCGAUAGGACUUUUCAUAUCUUUUGAUGUCAAAAGCAAAAAAAAAAAAAAAAAAACAACUCACAAAAAAUAAAUAGAUCCUGAACCCGCCUGCAGCGAUGGGAGGAAAGGACAUUUUAGAGAACUCCCGUAAAGACCGUGACCUGGAAACGGGAGCGCUAGGCUUUCAGGGCAGGCAGAGGGUCCAGGGGUCCUACGUGACUUUUUUUUUAAAAGACAGAUCAAAUGCAAGCCCACUACAAAACAGACAAGAACAGCUUACUCGUUUUUGUCCCCCAUCCUCGAGACUUAGGAGAUCAAUAAUGACAUCAGCAGCAACAGAACAUCCCCAGGGGGAAAGUCCACAGGAGGCGGGGUGAGCGCCCAGAAGCUGCAGGUUUCUGGUGUUUCUCCCUCGCCUCUGAGACCCUAAAUAACCACAGUAACAAAUCCUCUGUUAACUGCCUGUCCCGACCUUCUUCCCCUUCAGAGCGUUGCCGCCGCCGCUGCGAAACUUCAACUGCUUUGGACUGAACCGUCAUAAGCGUGGGGUGCCUUCAAUGUGUUGCUGUUGUUCAAUGACAGUCUCGUUUCCCAAGUGCAACCUGUGUCCUUUCAGCCUCCCUCCUUUUUGUUUUUCUGCAGUAGUAGAAGAUGUUUCCACCCUUCCUUUGUAGGUGAGCCCACCCCAUAACACCCUUCAAGGGGGCUGCUGCAAUGUCAGGGAUACCUAAGGACACUCCCCAAACCCCCACGGUCCCUCCAAAUUGCCUCCCCAGGCUCUUCAGCGCCUUCCGUCCCUCACCCAGAUGUUCCUGAGGUUGUUUUUCGGUUUGGUUCUCAUAGCCAGAGAGCCCUUGGGUAUCCCAACCGUUUUCCUACAAGUUCUAUUUAUUUCAUGGAAGUCCAAAGAGGUGCAUGGAGGGAGAAGGGAAUUUCAUAUUAAGUGAAAGGGUUUCCGCCAGCCCCUAAAGAUCUUAGCUGUUUAAUUAAGAGGAGCCUCUAAAAGGCCCACAAGAUGUCCUCAGAGGAGACUCAGCGUUUCCUGCCAUGAUCCGCCUCCCCUGUCUCAUGACCCUGGCUUCAUGGAAUCAGCACAACCGACAUUUAUUCUCCUGGCUCCCAGCAGAUAUUAGGACACUGAUAAUGUUUUUGAUCUCUCUCAGUCAUGGGGAAUUGGAGCUAGGUCAAGCUUUGCAAGCUUUUUGAAAUAGCAAAACCCGUGCCUAUUUUUAAAAAUGAAAUCUUGCAAAGAACCCACUGUAUGAGGCUCCCAUGUAUAAAGAGGCACAGUCCAGGAGGCAGCAGAGUCGGGGCCCCUCCAGGCUGAGACCCCAGCACUUUCCAGGGUACAGCAAAUCUGCUGGGCACGGUCACUGUUUCCUUGACCUUGGUCAGCUACGUACCUGCAACACCUGUUGGCAACUCUGUAUCAGUGUCACAAUAUCUGUCUCUAAAUUGAUGCAUUUUAAAUCACAUGUUCUUUUUAAAAGGACAGCGUCCUGGCUUUAUCACAAAUAGAAAACCGGCAUCAGUUGCCACAGAUAGAAAGUAAGCAUUAAAAUAAGUGCAACGGAGGAUGCGGUGUUGAUGAAAUUCUAGCUGAAUGCUGGCACCUGUGGUGCACCCUCGUCUCUGUUAAAAAGAGAUCAGGAGGCCUUGGGGUUGUUCAAGCACCCAGUGGAGGCUUUCCUUGGAUCAGUCAGAUGGGCUGAAAGGUAAAUGAAAAGGAAACUCCCCCUGUGUGGGUCUACCACAAACAGUGUGUCCAUUCAUGUGCUGUCCGCAGACACUUGCAGAUUCUCAUGGGACACAGCCCACACUUCAGGAAAUGCGGGGCUGGCUUUUCUGCCAGGUUCCCGCCAGCUCAAAGGUUCUGUGAUUCUUGUCUCCAUUCUGGCUAACCUUUGCUUUUUGCCCUUGAUCUUAUCCCAACAGUGAUUAAGGUCCUUUCUUGACCCCUGAAUCUAGAGCACCUUAUUUUUCCUUUGUGCUCCGAAAGUGGAGUACACUUCAUCCAGCGAACUUGGCUCCUUGGGGUUCACAGUUGUAAUUUUGGCAGCAAAGAGCAGCCUGGUCCAUGAGAUGUGGCUGCGUGGAAAGUUCAGGAAGGGCAGUUGCUUCCCAAGGGGUACUGCCCAGGAAGGAAGCCCGGGAGGCACUGCUGUCUCAUCAGCUCGCAGAUGGCCUCGGGGAUGAACGGAGGAGGAAGUCAGCAUGGGGAAGGUCUGGUUAUUCUUUGGCUUCCUCUUGGAUGCCGGGGAGACAGACCUCAUGAUACCGAGAGAGGGAAUGACCUGAGGAACUCUCUCUGACUGCCAUGCACCAAGACAAGCAUCCUGUAGCCAAGGUGGGGAGACCUAGGAGAGGAAAGCCAGAUCAAAAUGGAGACCCUCUCCUCAUUCCCCGCCCCGGCACUAACCUCUUCUUCCUUUUAGCUGUCCCCCAAUUUCCAACCCAAUGGGACCAGAGUCUGGCUUCCCUUUGCCUUCCCAGAGCGUCUUGGGCUCCGCUGGCAUCCCCAUCUAACCCCCACCCCUGGUUUUUUUGUGUAAAUGGAGCAUAUUUUAUGUGCAAAUAUUUUAGUAACUGUAUGUUCUGCAAGUAAACCUGUGUUAAUACUUGUCACGACUGCAGAGUUUAUGAUACCAAUAAUACUUCCUACAAUGAAGAAAAAAGAACAUUUGUUUGUUUUCUAAGAAUGUUUAUUUGUAAACAUAUGUAUUCACUAUAUUAAUAUGAAUUUCUUACCUGGCAAUAAAACUGA